GCUAUGUUUUGCUCAUCAGUGUCGCCUCCCCCGGUCACAGUGAGGAAACAGCCCUCUCCACUCCCGCUUUAAAUGGAUGUAACAUGGGCAGUGAGAAGCUCGGGAGAGACCAACAGCUUGUUAACUGAAACAGAAGUAGGGAGAAAUAUGUCCGUGUUGAAAAUGGAGGUUUGGUGUAAGAAGUUUCAGGCGAACGUGUUCGACCAAAACAGAUGCCAGAACUGCUUCAAAUCUCGCGAGCUGCACGUGAUGAUGCGCGAGGAAAUGGAGCAGGUGAAACCCAUCUAUGCGAGUUGGCUCUGCCUCGCGCCUGAAGGCUUGGACUUUGACAAUCCGAUGCAGCGGUCCAGGAAAUGGCAGCGUCGCUUUUUCAUCCUGUAUGAGCACGGCUGCCUAGAAUUUGCUCUUGAUGAGUUGCCUAGUACAAUUCCCCAAGGAUCUGUGAACUUGCAUCAGUGCACUGAUGUGAUUGAUGCCGAGGGAAGGACAGGACAGAAAAACACACUGUGCAUCAUCACUCCAGACCAAGAGAUUUACAUCCGUGGAGACAGCAAAGAGAUCAUCAAUGGUUGGUGUGAGCAGCUUCUAGUUUUCAGACAGAUCAAUGAACAAAGGCGAAGGAAAAAAGGAAGCAGUUCACCUGUUCCUUCACAGGAGGAAGCAUCUGCAAUGAAAUCUGUGUGUAGCGUUGCAGCUGCAAACACAAAAGCAGUAGAAGACCAUGAACUAUGUAACCCAAAGGAGGUAGAUGAACCAAGUGAAGAAACUGAGAAUAUGAACAUUGGUUGGGAGGUGAAUGUCACCACUGCUGAUGCUGAUUCCCCUAGUUCAGACAAGUGCGCAACACAAGGAAUCGGAAAGUUGAAGACUCCGGACAUUAAGCAGGAGACCUUCAGUUUAGACACACAUCAAGCUGAGGGUGGAUCAGUCCUUCAGUUGCCCUUUCAGCGUCAUUCGACCUCGCUCCACAGCCCUGAGCCAUGGAGAGCUGUGACCCGUGACCUGUCUCCAUCUGAUUUGCCUCUCAACAGCAGUGCUUCCCACUCUCUACACUGGCAAGAGCAUCAUGCAGAGAGCUGUGCUAAAAAACAUCCUAAGGCCUCAUCUUUAGCGAAGCAUAUGAUGCGAGAUCAAGAAAAUAUUGGACAACCCCAAGCUGGAAUGCAACAAGAUAAGAACUGCAAGGAUACUUGCUUCAUCAAGUGCAGCAUGACUGCGGAUGAGUGUUGGACUACUGCAAAUGAAAAGCAGUGUAAAAUGUGUCCACAGUGCACCAGUAGAAGUCAAACUGGCCACAUCCAGAACAUGGAGAAGCCCGUAGGACUGUUGGAAGCCCCACAAAGCAACAUUCAUCCUCUGAGAAGACCGCAGACAGUGGAAGUCAAAGCUUCAGAGUCUUCCAUGAAGCCAGACCUUUUGAACUUCAAAAAAGGGUGGCUGUUCAUAGAUGACCAUGAUCAGUGGAGGAAGUACUGGUUCGUGCUGUCUGCUCAUAGCCUACAUUAUUACUUUGACUCUGGAGCAGAGGAGUCCUCACAACUGGUAGGAGAAAUUGACCUGACUUCCUGUCACAGAGUUAUUGAGCUUCAUGACCAGAGGAACUUUGGCUUUGAAAUAUGGACUCAUGGAUUGGUCUACAAGUUAGCCACUGUGACUGCUAGGAUGCGACAAAACUGGAUUCAGGCUCUUACAAAGAACAUUCAGGACCAGAGUGCACCAGAUGUUGCCAGCAUUCCAGAUGAUUGUCCAUCCAGAGUGGGCCGUCGCUCUGGGCCAGAUGUUACGCAAGAAUCCAUGUCUCUGUCUAGCCCUGUCAAUGAUGAGUGCUAUACAAAACAGAGUUCUGAUCACUAUACGAGGUGCCAAGGCCAUCCUAAAACUUCCAGCUGGACUGAGAUGUUGACCCAGGAAGGGGCCAGAGAACAAGAGAGGGUAGAGCAGAAUGCAGAGGAGAGCAUCAGCAGGUGGAGGGGAAGACAGGAGCGCAGGCAAAGGUAUGCCAUUGUGAUGGGGUCUUCAUUAUGCCCCCUAGAUGAGAGGAGCAUCUCUACACAGGAGAAUCAGCAGCAAGAGAGAAUGAGGGAGAUUGAAGAAUGUUGGCUGCAGGUGGAGAAGAUGACUAUUGGAGAAGAGAAAAGGGUACUACUUUACCCAGCAUGGCAGCACGAGGACUCUGUUGAGCUGAAGAAACAUCUAGAACAUUACAGGAAGAGGCAGAUGGUGGCACUGACUAUCCAGUCAGAAUCAGAUAAUGAGGACUACUCACAAGAUCAUGGACAUGGCACAGACUGGAGUUUAGGGCAGGAGCCAACAUGUGAUCUUGGAACAGAAUCAGGACCUCAGAAGAUGGGUCCAAAUAAACAAAACCUCAGUCUGACUGACAAGUACCAAGAGACCAAAGGGCUUGUUAAUUUGAAAGAUCUAAGAAGACAACAGAUCAAUGACCUGAUGGACCUUCAUCCUUUAUCCCAGUCCAGCUCUGAAUUCACAAAUGAACCUAAAAGAAAGAGUGAAUGCAAUCUGUUGCAUGAGGUAAUUACUUCUGACAAACCCAUUAAGAGCCUCAGAUCACUUGCUUUGUGCCAGGCAAACAGAGACAGUGAAAGAGCUGCAAUGGCCGUAAGUGAAGAUACUGAUUCAGAUAAAGCCAUGGUGAAGCUGUUAUCUCAGCAAGCUGAUUUCCUGACUAGACAAAAUGAGACCCUUAACCAGCGGAAUCAGGAACUGGUAAAUCAGUUAGCUGAAGCAGACCGAGAGAUAGAUAAACUUAAGGCAGAAUUCUUCUAUAAACCAAAUGGCCACCAGCCUGAACUGGAGUCCAUAGUGGAGUGUUUGGAAUUGGAAUUGUCCAGGAGCUGUGGGCAACUCAAAGAGGCACAGAUCCAGCUAGCAGAAAUGGAGGAGAAGCUGAAAGACACGCAUCAAAAUCUGCAGCUUAAAGAGGCUAUGCUCAGAGGCCUGGGCUUCUUAACCAUGGACCGUGAAUAUAAAAUAGCAUUUCCAGAAAUAAUUGACAGACUCCGUCAGUGUGUGCAGGUGCUGGAGUUGAAAGUCUCUGAGGUAGUGAGCCAACAAUGGCUUUCAAAUCUGACUUGCAAGGAACUGCAGACCCAGAACACUCUUCUCAUGAAAUCAGCAGUUCAGAAUGGUCAGAAGAUAAUGAAGGAUGACGAGAAAAAUAAGAUGUUGGAAAGAGAGCUAGGAUCUAAUAUACCUCAGUGUAAAGGAUUGGCACACACAAAAGACCAGCAGCAUCAGAACAGAUUAGAGUCCGUUGAAGAAGCACUAAAGAAGAGGUCCAGUGUGUUUAGAUUGUUACUAGAGGCCAUCAGUCAUCUAGCUGGAAAUGAGAUGCCAGAAUCAGUCUCCGAGCAUGAGACUGCACAGAUGAACCCCAAAGUGUUAAGGAGGCUACAGUUGGAAAAUGACAUUUGGGAAAGCUUUGUGAACACCUUAAAGAACACUACCUCUAAUAACUUGGAGAAUGCGGAAGCUGCCUGUCUACUACAGAGUUCCGAGAUGAAACUAGAGGAAGUUAAAAUGUACCUUUCAGCCCUCAGCAUUUACAAAAGUACCAGUAGUAACUCACUAACUCUAAGCAGUUAUUCAAGACCAGAUAAUUCAGGCAAUACAUCAACUAACCCUGACAUUAUUGGUAUAAAUGAUGGUGAAAUGGAGGAGGAACAAAUUGAUGUCAUGUGGAAAGGUCUGAAAGAGCACAUGCAGAAGAAAUUGAUCCUGAUCGAUCAUGUAACAUCUAAAUUGGAAUUAUUUACCAAUAAUGAAUUUUUUUCUGAGACAACAAGGCAGUGUAGUAUCUGGAAGAAAACAAAUGCAUUAUAUCCCAUGAUCAGUGUAGUCAUGGACAUCGUGACUGCUUAUUUGGUAGAGAAGCUGAGUCAGUCUGUAAUAAUGCAAAAAUCUAUUGCAAUACAAACUGAAAACCAAGAGAUGAGGUUGGAACAGAACAACAUGACUGUUCAUGAAAAAUCUGUGGUCAGUGAAGUCACUGAGAAAGAAACUAUUACCAAUUUGAAAAGUCAUAUUAAUGAACUGGAGCACCUGCUAUCCGAGAGACUGACAUCUCUACAGCAGCAACAUGAAAAGGACAAGGAGAGACUCAAGGCUGCAUUUGAACAGAGCAUCACAUUGUUGAAGGAGUCUCAUAGGAAAGCCACAGAAGUCCUUCUCCUCAAACACAAGCAAGAGCACGAGUUGUUACAGGAGGAGAAAGAAAGACUUCUAACUGAAGAGGUGGCUGCCUGUCUCACUGUUAUUGAAGCCAUGAAGAGAGCCUAUAGCUUAGAGGUGGAGAAAAUGCUGCAGAAGGCAUGUCAGGAGAAGACCUAUAGUGGUGGCACAAAUAUUGAAGUGAUAAUGAAAAGUCAUAGUGAGGAGUUGUCAGCAGUUCAGAGGGAGCUGGAUGCACUGUCUGAGCAGUACACUCAAAAAUGUCUGGAGAAUGUGCACCUGGCUGAAGCUUUGCAGACUGAGAGAGACGCUCUACAGCAGUAUCAGUGCCAGAACCUAGCACUUAGUGCUCACAACCGGGAACUAACUAGUCACCUUGUUAAGGAGAUCAUGUCAACAGUAGCAAAGGAUGGUUGCAGUCAACUGGUUCAUGAUCGGGAACGAUAUGAAUUGAUGAUCAAGCUCCAGGUUAAAGAGUCCUGUCAGGAACAGGAAAUUGACACUUUAAAAAAUGAACUCUAUGUAGCCAAAAUGGAUCAAAAUAUUGCUUCAGAGAGAUUCCAAAAAAUACAGACAGAACUCAACCUGGUUAAGGAGACAUCAGAACAACAAAUUUCACAACUCAAGGAGAAUCUGAGACUAGUUUACAAGGCCUUAGAAGAGUCUAUAAAGAAGACGAUGCCAGCUACUCCGCUUGCUACUUCCUCCUAGACUGAACUAUUUAAAAGCUGGCAAAUAUCACUUUACACUUAUUUUUCCAUACCUGAUCUUUGUAAUGCAAUAUUAAAAUUUUAUUAGGAUACUUGCUUAUUAGGAUACCUGUGAAGCUUAUAAGUGCAAAUGAAGAGACCAGACAGCCUUCAGUUGGUGUAAAACUAAUCAAAGUGUAAAGGUUUUAUAUUUGUCCAUCACUGAAUGCUUAUUAGAAUUCUGUAUCAUAUCAAGGCACACACUGUUUACAUGAAUGGAUAUCUGGACUCUAAGGGAAGAAGGGUUCUUUGGAUAGUUAAUGGGUUUUUAGCUUUAAUAGGUUCUACAGCCCUGAAAGGUACAUGCACAUCAUGAUACAUCUGAUGUGUAAAAACCAACAAAUACUUUUCCUAAGAAUUGAAAUAAUUCUUCUGAUUUUGUAUCUUUUUGUUUUGUACAAAACUUUAAAGACCUUAAAUUAUGAGUAAAAUUAGUUGCAGUCAAAAUAAAAUAUUGCAACAAAACAAAAUCUAAAAGAUUUUUGUUUUACUCUAGUUUUUCUACUUUAGAAAUAUCUUCUAAAUAUAUCUUCUUUCCACUAAGGCAUGUUAUACAUCCAAAUAUAUCUGUUGUAUAUUUCUGCAUUAUUUUUUGUGGUGUAGAAUAGUUUUUGUUACGUGAGAGAGUUUGUGCUUUGAGGGAGGUGGUGGGCAUGGGCAAAUGCCAUUGAUCUGGUUAAACAUUGGCUUAAUGAUUAAUUUUUCAAAAAAAAAACAAAACAACUAAGUAAGCUGUGUAGUGAUUUAAUUAUUUUGAUUCUGUUCAAAGAGGUAACUGAAGUUCUGUUAAUAUACACAAUUUAAAUUUCACAUUUCAUAUUAAAGGUGAAAAUACAAAAUAGAUGAGCACUGACAAUUUAUUUAUAUUAAAAUUCUUUCUCACUGCUUUAAUUUUUGUCAUUCUACUCACUUUUUUAAUAUCUACAAAAAAUCAGUGGCUUUGUGCAGUCCAGUGACAUGAAUGAAGGAGACUUUCUAGUUUUGUUGAACAGCCAGCUGUUUCAAGUCCAUGUUGUCUGUUGUCCAUAUUCUCUUUCACAUUGUUCAGAUUCUAUGGAGCUGACCGAAACCAGUUUUUUCAAAUAGGUAUUUGGCUACAUUUCAUUAGGUUCAUUCAUAUAUCUCGUCUUCUGAAUAACGAUCAUCACACCUAGCAGUGAUUUGUAUGUAUUAGGGCAUAGUCAGAUGCUAAAUUGUAGGUAUGCCAACAUUGGUACUGUAUAGUGCCUAUUUUGGGUGG